ACCCUGACUUGACUCCAUUUGGAACAAGUAAUUUCUUUGGUGGUUUCCACGAUGUCGACUGGGCAACGAAGACUGAUGUUCUAUAGUUGCCAUGGUCGGUAUUAAACAGGCAAGUGAGUGUCCCGGUCAUGUCAGGAGAACAAACACUACCGGAAUAGUGUCACGUCGUCCGUCGGUGAGGUCGCAUCAGCACAUGGAUCCCUCCUCAUAUCUGUUGCUGACCUUCAAAAGCGGCUUUCAGAUAUCAAACUGCAAUCUCAGAAGCACAUGAGCCUUAGACAUGUCCUCCUGAAACUUGAUAGAAGCAUCCUUUCAGGCAGAUAUAAGGUGUGCUUGGAGGAAUGACAACGGAUCUUUCGUGGUGCGACCUUUUCAUCUUUCGCGAGGCAGACAGAAUGUUGCUCACUCACCCUCUUGCGCUCCUUUCUUUGUUAUUAGUGGUGCACGCGUCGUCUCCCCUCGUUUCCCCUUCGGUUCGCCAUGAGUUCCGUCGCAACCUUCCUUCUGGGUGGACGCCCGUUCGUCGUGCUCCCUCUACCUCUGUACUUCCAUUACGCAUUGGUCUGGUGCAACCAAACUUGGACCAGAUAGAGACUCUGCUUCUUGAUGUUUCUCAUCCUGAAUCUCCCAAUUAUGGGCAGCACUGGUCGCCUGAGAAGGUCGCGUCAACUUUCCGUCCUUCAAAGCACUCCGUCGAUACGGUACGACAAUGGCUCUAUUCGGAAGGCAUCGCUGUGUCCAGAGUAAAACUCAACGGCAACGGUGGCUGGAUUGAGGCAAAUGUCACUGUCCAUGAAGCCGAAUCACUGUUGAUGACGGAAUACCAUGUUUACGAACAUGCUGACACGGGCACCAGGCAUAUCGCGUGUGGCCAGGGUUACCAUCUACCGGAGCACAUCUCAAAGCACGUUGACCUCGUCACGCCUACCAUUCACUUUGAUAUUAAACUGAAACGAGAACCUAUUGGUUCUGAGAAACGUGACCAUGGCGCUAAGCCAGGUGUUGGCAAGAGCAUCGGACAACCUGGCUCUGGUGUGGUUAUUCCCAAAACCACAGGAUUCAUCAAGCAUAUCCUUGAUGAACUCUCGCAAUGCGACCAGUUUAUUACACCCAACUGUCUUCGCGCCUUAUACAACUUCAUUUACGUGCCACUUGCAGCCAACAAAAACAGCUACGGGAUAGUGGAAUACACGCCUCAGGCUUACGUUCCAGAGGAUCUCGAUCUCUUUUUCACGAACUUCUCCAAGAGUCAAGUGGGUCAGAGACCUGAUCUCGUUGGUAUUGACGGAGGUUUCGUCCAGUCGUCUCAGAUCGGUUUCGGCUUUAACGGUGAAUCGAAUUUGGACCUACAGUUUGGUAUGGCUCUUGUUGGCAAGAAGCAGAAGAUUACACUCUACCAAGUCGGAGACGAUGUCGAAGGUGCAUCAUUCAACAACUUCCUCGACGCGUUGGAUGCUUCGUUUUGCACGUUCGAAGGCGGUAAUGAUAUUAGCCAGGAUGGUAUAUACCCUGAUCCUUUCGGAGGGUACCAAGGACCAGAAGAUUGUGGCAAGGUUAAGAAACCUGCUAACGUCAUCUCCACUUCGUAUGGUUACAACGAAGCUGACUUAACUCCUGCUUACACUGCCCGCCAAUGUGCCGAGUAUGCGAAGCUCGGUCUCAUGGGUGUCACAGUUCUAUACUCGUCUGGUGAUUUUGGUGUCGCUGGAAAUGGCAAUCUGUGCUUGAACCCGGAUGGAAGCCAGACAGGAGAUGGAAAACUGUUCAAUCCUUCGUUCCCCGGAGGAUGCCCUUUUAUCACCAGCGUCGGUGCUACUCAACUCAACCCAGGUGCCAAUGUGACGGAUCCUGAGGUCGCUUGUGAACAAGUGAUCUUUUCUGGUGGAGGAUUCAGCAACUACUUCCCUAUCCCGGAUUACCAGAAAGAGGCUGUCGACUCGUAUUUGACCAACUCUCCGCCUCCCUAUCCGAAGGACAUCUGGAACUCCACCGGCGCCUCUCGUGCAUUCCCAGAUAUCUCUGCCAAUGGCGCUAACUAUGUUAUUGCUGUGAACGGCGAGUUUAGUCUAGUAUUCGGCACCUCCGCUUCUUCGCCUGUGGUUGGAGCUAUUCUCACCGCUGUUAAUGACGCUCGACUGGCUAUCGGAAAGACACCAAUUGGAUUCAUCAACCCGACCGUGAGUCCCAUCCGUUAUAUACCUUUUAGUGCUCCUCCUGAGACUUUCGCUACAGAUAUAUUCCGCUGGCUUCCGAGAUGCGUUCAAUGAUAUUACAAGUGGUACGAACCCUGGUUGUCGAACUUUUGGAUUUAACGCUACGGAAGGCUGGGAUCCUGUCACUGGUCUUGGAACGCCAAAUUUCCCUAAAUUAUUGGCGAGGUGGAUAUUGCUUCCGUGACCAAGAUGUAAUUUAUCGCUUAUCCGUAUUGUUACGCCGCGUUCUUUACUAUGUCGAACGAGGACGAUAAACUUCUGGACAGUGAAGAGAGCUUCCCUUACGUCGUUCAAUAGAAAUGCUAGUGGCUGAAACAACUGUCAGCGGGUUUCAGUUUAGAAUUAGUAAAGCAAACGUCGAACCUGCCAUGUUCUACAGUCAAAUACUAACUUCAGUCUCGUCACUAUCGGGAGAAGAAACAACCCUAUUGCGA